GCUCAUUGUCAUCGCUUUCCCCUUAAGAAGAGUCAAACUGACGACUUGUAACAGAAAUCUUUGUUUUAUGGCAGUGUGGUUAUCAGCUUUAACCUUGGCGCUGCCUUCCAUUAUACGUUGGGACUUGUAUUUAAAAUCUGAUGUAUCUUGGGGUUUUAACUUCAUCUGCAUCCCUAUAACAAUCAUUGUUUUUUGUUGCUACACGGGGAUUUACGUUCUGGUAAGAAGACAGUUGUAUCGCAAUGUAGAAAGGGAACGGUUAUUAGAAGGACAGUCUUUGACAGAAAAUUCUCACCUGGUGCAAAAGCUGAAAAUGAAGGAGAGAAGUGUGGCGUACACAACAUUCAUAUUGGUUUUGGUAUUUACGGUUUGUUGGAUUCCAGUAUCUGUCGCUGUAAACAUAAAUGCAUGGUGCAGUGCAUGUCUUUGCGAAUACAAUUGGCACUAUGUGGUUUGUUUGACACUUCUGCACCCAGUGCUGAACCCGAUUGUUUACUCAUUACGUACCGCUAGGUUUCGAAAAGCUUUUAGGAGAGUUAUCACAAAUAGUAUUUUUUAACCAGUUAACAAAGGAGAUGCAUCUCUAUAGCUACAAAAAAGUAGUGCUAUCCGGCAAGGAAAGAUCAGCC